AUGAAAGAUUUGCAAAUCCACGUAGCGAUCAACAGUCGCUGUCGAGUCUUCGACCGCUCAGGGAAGCUCCCUUUCAGCAUUAUCUUCGGCCUCUCCCGACGUUCGUCAGAGGAUACAAACCCCCUGUCCCUGGUUAUUAACACGAAGGGGACAAUUCUCGACAUCCCAUAUGCGCUUUCGAGCAAGCUCAUCUCACUACGUGUACAAAAAGAGGAUCGCAAGCUCGACGUCGAGGUAGAAGUCGGCCAAUUAAGUCUAUUCAGCAAUGGCGAGGAGUCAUCAGUGACCCUACCGUCACCAGCAGACCACAGCCUUGCCUCCAAAAACCCUCUAGCGAUAUAUGAAUAUCACAUCGAUCCCGAAAGUGAGCUCGCGUCAUUGUUGGAGCCGGGGAAGAAGUAUAGAAUUCGCGUCACGCCUCGUGGCGACUUUGGCGGGGAAGGACACAAAUACGUGGAUGAAGCAAAUCCUGACGACGAACAAAGUUCUUCAAGGAAGGAGCCAAAACUGGUCGUCGGCAGAGUCGAGGGAUCGGCAAUCUUUACGGUCUUGUCCUCUCUUCCAUGGCCGCCAGAAAUACAGACUACAAUGCGAUGGCAUCCAGGCAAUGAGGAUGCCGGUGUCACACGACUUGAAAUCACAGUCUUGAACACAGGUACAGGACCUAUCACUAUCCAGACGCGCGGGCGCCAAAGCGUUCUCCUCCCAUGGGGCCCUGUGUACGAAGAAGACGAGUGGUCAACCUGUCCUCGCGUAAUCGACGCACAGCAACCAUCGCCUAGCCGCGCCAUCCAAGUCAUCAACAUGAAUGACAACAGUAUGAUACGCAAGCCAACGCCACCAGGUGGUUUCCAACAAGGGCCAAUAGGCGAUCGACGGCCGAGUUUGGAGACCCUGGUCACUCUGAAGUCGGGAGAGCCACUGGUAAGGCAUGUGGAUGUGAGCGAGCUGCUUUCAGACUUGGCAGAUGGCACUUACGGGCUGCGGAUGGAGCCACGGGGUGUGUGGUGUUGUGAGGGUGAUCGGCGUGAUGUCGUGGGCGAUGAUGAUGGACGUGUACCGCACGAUAUAUUCCAGACUAUGGUUCCGCCACUGGUGUUAGAAUGUGGGGAUACUGUGGAGGUUUUUCGGACCGGUGAGAAGUCUGCGCUGGCCUCUUGGAUCCGUCCAUAUGCCGGAUACUCAGACAAGAAUGGAUCCAUGUGCCUGUGGCCGUACAGUCGAUCCCAAUUUGGCAAGUCAAUACUGGCCACCUCCAAUAACGGAAAAUACAUAAAGCUUGGUCUUUGGCAUCUUGUCAGCCGUACGCGGCACUACGAUUCUAUCGUCUGGGUUCAUCGCGGUUACGCUUAUCGAGGAGAAUUCUACGGAUCUCAGCAGCUGGAGAUUGGACGUACGAUGAAGAGUUUUAACCACUUGAACGACGGCUCCAUACACUGCGGGGCCAAGCCCGAGUCCAUGGCCCAGACAGAAGCUUUGUGGCUCUCGUCUCGAAAAUCUCCAUUCAGACAAACCUUCAAUUGCUCCGCGACCAGCAACACCAACUCAAUCAACGAUAUUAACGCGUUGCAUAGCGUCGACACGCUGAUUAACACCGAGACCCUCGGCGCCGAGCUCGGCCCUCGGAACGGUCACUACUCCUGA